ACGAGGUAGCUGCGCGACCCUCUCCGUUAGUUUAGGUUUUCGAGCUGCGAGCACGAGUCACUUCGGCCCGGGAUGCCAUGUCCGAGGCGGCCGCUAAUUCCUCCGGGAAGUCGUUCCUCCAACGGGCGUCGGGCAAGGUUCGCCGCUGGCUACGGCGCUUCCUACGGACGAGCCACCCGGUCGACGGCCAUGGCUCGGAAGCGGGACCGGAACUCGACGAGGAGAUGGAAAAAGUUUUCGCGAUGGACACCGGGGAGAAGUUCGACGUAGCUCGUCUCGGCUCGCCCUCCGAAUCGGCUGGAUCCGAUCGAGAUCGAGACCGAGGACCACCGCCGCGAUAUGGAGAUCGUGACUUCAAUCAGCAUCGGAAGAGGAGUUACCCACAUCCGCACAUGCCUCUGAAAAGCAUCCAUUCCAGAUCUAUGCGACGGCACCUUUCACCCGAAGGAUCAACGGAAGUGAACCAAGAUGAGGAGAAUGGGCAAGUACAAAUGGGACAUUCCGGCACACAGGAACCGGAGGCAACGGACAACGGACUGUCUCCGACAGCCGCUGACGAGGUGGAGGCCGUGGUCAACAACGAGACCGAGGCGCCGAUAUCCGAAAGAGCCGCUUCCGGUUUCAACGAGAGUCCGACGGUUGGCAGUCCCCGGGUGCAGUUUGAAAACAUUAAGGAAGAGGAAGCACCCAAGGACGAGGUAGCCGCCAUUAUACCGGGGUGUCACGAGGAAGAUCGGAAGAGUCGGAGGCAUCAAAAACACGAGCACAAAAGACACCACCACAAAUCAAGAAAGUAUUCGCUUCAAGAGGACCCGCAAUGGAGAAAGCGCUCGGGAGCUGGCCUCCCGGACGGUCCGGUGCUCGCCAGGCGGGUGAGCGUGCAACCGGAAGAGGCGAGCACCUUGCAAGAGCUGGACAUCGACGAUCUGGAAUCACACAGGAGCGACGAUCCUCGGGGCAUGAGGCGGCACAAGGCUGCUCAUAUGACCGUGCAAAUCGGUCGCAAGAAAGAGGGUGGCAUACCGCACGACACGUUCAAAAAGAUGUACGAUCACUCGCCGCACGAGGUGUUCGUUCAGCUGGACGAGUUGUACGGCCUAGGUGAAGAGAGAGAAUGGAGAGAAACGGCCAGAUGGAUCAAAUACGAGGAGGACGUCGAGGAAGGCGCGGACAGAUGGGGCAGGCCCCACGUAGCUUCCUUGAGCUUCCAUUCUCUGUUGAAUCUUCGCCGAUGCCUCGAAACCGGCGUCGUCUUGCUCGACCUUGAAGAGAAGGACCUACCCGGGCUAGCGUACAGAGUGGUCGAGCAGAUGGUAAUCGAGGAGCUAAUCCUGCCGGAAGAUCGACCGGUGGUGAUGAGAGCUCUGCUCCUCAGACACAGGCACGUUCACGACCACGACCGCGGGUUCCGGUUCGGUAGCAAACGAAACUACUCCAGCUACACCAGUCUACAGUCCGUCUGUCUGGAGGAUGAAGACGCUGCGCGGGAAGCCUCUGAGAACCAUGUAACCCAACAUAAUUUGAACGACGCGAAACCGAAGAUCAUUUCGUCGAACCUGGCGUUGGAUAAUCACACGGCGAUCGACAUGAAGGAAGAGCUGACUUUUACAAGUAGUAACGAAGACUUGAAGAAGAGUCAUAACGACUAUAUACUGAAGAGGAUCCCGGCGGGCGCCGAGGCGACGGUCGUGCUGGUCGGGGCUGUCGAUUUCCUGGACCAGCCGACGAUCGCGUUCGUCAGGCUCGCCGAGGGUGUGUACAUUCCUUCGGUCACGGAAGUCACGAUACCAGUAAGAUUCAUGUUCAUCUUAUUGGGUCCAAGGAACGGUGAUUUAGAUUAUCACGAAAUCGGUAGAUCGAUCGCCACGCUGAUGGCCAAUACGUCGUUCCAUAAAAUCGCGUACAAAGCAAACGAGAGGCGCGAGCUUCUGUCCGCGAUCAAUGAGUUCUUGGACGAUUCGAUCGUCCUGCCUCCUGGAGAUUGGGAGCGACAGGCUUUGUUGCCGUUCAGCGAGUUGAAGGCAAAAAGCGAGGCGAUCAGGAAACGGAAGGAAAAAGCGCUCGAGGAAAAGAGCAAACCGAUUCAAACCGAGGCCGCCAUAAAAAAAGCUCUACUCGCUGGCGAGGAAGAGAAGAAACCUCCGUUCGACGACGAUCCUCUCCGGAGAACGAAACGACCUUUCGGCGGCCUCAUCAACGAUAUCAAGAGACGCUACCCUCACUAUCUCUCUGAUUUCACCGACGGCUUAAGCUCAUCCUGCCUAGCAGCAGCCAUCUUCAUGUACUUCGCCGCUCUCUGUACAGCCAUCACUUUCGGUGGUCUGAUGAGCGAUAAAACGGACGAUAUCAUCGGCAUAUCCGAGACUCUAAUUUCCGGCUCUUGGACCGGAAUCGUAAUGGCUCUAUUCUCCACUCAACCCUUGGUAAUAAUCGGUACAACCGGUCCGUUGUUGCUCUUCGACGAGAGCUUGUACAAUUUUUGUAUGACGAACGAACUGGAUUUCUUGACCGUGAGAGUGUACGUCGGAGCAUGGAUGGGGAUCAUAGCGUUGGCCAUCGCCUGCGUCGAAGGAUCGGUGCUGGUCAGACUAUUCACACGUUUCACCGAAGAGAUUUUCACCGGGUUGAUCUCCCUCCUUUAUAUCGUCGAGACGUUCAUCAAACUGUACAAUUACUUCGUGAAGAAUCCGUUGCUCGACGAAUAUAGCUUCACCCCCGCGACGAACGAGACGGUUUUCUAUGAAUCGUUGAACAUGACCGAGAUGAAAAUCGUUUCUCCAAACACUGGCGAGAUCAUCGGUGUCCCGUUGGAAAAGCUUCUGAUACCAGCGUACAACAUCGACGGACUAAUGAUCAAUCAACCGAACACUGCUUUGAUGUGCACCAUCUUGUGCCUCGGCACUUUCCUCGGUGCUUACUACUUGCGUAUCUUCCGCAACAGCCACUACCUCGGGCGCAGCGCCAGGAGAGCGUUCGGUGAUUUCGGUGUGCCGAUCAGUAUCAUCUUGUUCGCGUUGAUCGAUUACGCAGCGAAAGUGAAGACUGAGAAAUUGCUGGUCCCGGAGGGUUUAACGCCGACGAUGCCCGGAAGGAAUUGGAUCGUGUCACCCGUAGGAGUGGAGAAACCUAUCCCUCUAUGGAUGACACUGGCAUGCAUCGUGCCUGCGUUGCUGGUUUACAUCCUCGUUUUCAUGGAAACUCAAAUUUCCGAGCUGAUCAUCGACAAGAAGGAACGAAAACUGCGAAAAGGGAACGGAUACCACAUGGACAUCGUGGUGGUGUGUCUGAUGAACGUCGGCUGCGGUUUGAUGGGUGCCCCGUGGUGCUGCGCCGCCUCGGUCCGUUCGCUGACACACGUCUCAGCAGUGACAGUGAUGUCUCGAACCCACGCGCCCGGCGACAAGCCGCACAUCGUCGAGGUGAAAGAGCAAAGGGUCAGUGCGCUGCUGGUCGCCGUGCUGAUCGGCGUCAGUGUGCUGAUGGCGCCGCUGCUGCGACGCGUACCAAUGUCCGUCCUUCUCGGAGUGUUCCUUUACAUGGGCAUUUCGUCGACGAACGGUGUCCAACUGUUCGACCGCGUGAAGCUGUUCUUCAUGCCGGUGAAGCAUCACGGCACGGCGAAUUACGUUCGUCGCGUGCAAACUUACAAGAUGCACAUAUUCACCCUGAUACAAAUCCUGUGCCUGACCGUUCUAUGGGUCGUCAAGAGCACGAGGGCCGCGCUGGCGCUACCGUUCUUCCUGAUUUUAAUGAUACCGCUACGAGCUCAAAUGCGGCACUUUUUCACCGCCGCUGAGCUACGGGCACUGGACAGCAAGGGUUCCGAACACGAGAGUACCGAGGACGAGCCAGACUUUUACGAGGAAGCUCCGCUACCUGGUUAGAUAGUGCCUUAUUCGACAUGUCCGAAGAAUACCUCUCUCCCUCUCUCCUUCCUCCUGCCACUGGUUUCCUUCUACACUGUCCUCUUCGUUAGUUCCGAGACAUUUCCUUUUCGUAGUUUCUCUGUAACUUAUGAUUCCUAACGCAUCAAGGCGAUUCUGAAUUGCUAAAGAACAGUCUAUUUUUCGUGAAAGAGAGUAAAUAUGAAUAUCAAUGAAUUAAGAGGGAGCGUAGAUAAGGAAUAGAUAAGCGGGGUUCGCUGAUCUCCGAACGGUCGUGUUAACUCGUUAAAUUCGUAUAAAAUUAUUUUGUACUACAAAAUUUGUAUAUAAUGAUACGAAGGACAAGGGUAAAACGAGAGAAAUAUAUAUAUCUAUAUAUUGUUACGCGUUCUAUACAGGCUUAUCGCGCUAUGGUUUCUUACCAUAGGAGAAGAACUUUUCACUGCUGUGUAGUAGUGUCUGAUAUAUUUGUAAUUGUUUCAUCUUAUUUUUCUUUUGAAAUCGGUGAGAAAAAAGGUGCCUCUGUCUGCUUCUGUUGAAUGGUGAUGAACGAUACGUUGCUCAGGAAAAUUAGAAAAAAAUAAGGCACUGUGAGCGAGAGUGCCAAAUCAAAAGGAUAAUAAACUAUGGUGCUGGCCGUCUACACAAGUCUCGAUAGACGAGUGAGAACUAAGUCUUUUAUAAGGAAAUGCACGGGUAGUUCUCAUUAGUUCUUCUUAUCGAUCAAUACCGUAAACUGAAUUCUUGUGGGACUGUAAUUCGCUAAUGUUAAACAGUUAACAAUCAUUGAGCAAUACCUUUUGAAAACCGAUCGUAACAUUUUACGACUAACCGAGUUGGUACUUAAUGAUCAAAUUAACUAUCCUGCCGAUUAUUUUUGUCGUCCUGAUUCAUUUCUUCUCUCCAAUGGGAUCACUUCCAUGAAUAAACAUUUACGUACAAAUGUCAGGUGCGUGAGUGUAACGCAACAGUUCGACUCUAAUUGUUCUAGGUAAGAUUUAAAACGCGGAGAUACGUCUUCACGCAAUAACGAAUUCCUGUACUUUUUCUAUGACAUCUUCGGGAUCGUUAAUACUGAUGGAACAUUUUAAUAUGCCCUCUAUUCAUCUCUGAUUUAAAUAAGAAAGAACAUAUUUUUGAUCUUACGGUUACUAUCUAUUUAAGCAAUCGGCAAACUCGGUACACACUUAAAUAAGUACCUGAUAGCAAGUUUUGAUUAAAAAUAAAUUCCACGAACUAUUCUAAAAAAGCUUGUGUCGAUUUUAAACCACGAUUAAACGUCAAUCGCCCGUGUACUUAUUUAAAGAAUAGUAUAUAAGAGCAAAAUUAAAGUUAGUGAAACGCAUCUUCGCGAGCGGUACACUCUCUUUGAACGUAUUCACCUUGUACUUUAUUUUCUACAUAAGAACUGAUCAGUAUUGGUAGGUACUUUACGAUAAUUGCUGAUUUUACAAAUGAUAGUUGAUACAUAUUCCUGUAACGUUUCUACACUUCACUAAGACCAAGCUGUAACGAUAUCUUACGUAUGUGCAAUAAAACGAGAGUCGCGAAAAUGAAUAUUUUCGGUACUGUUCAAGAGGAAUUAUCGAGAGCUCUAUUCUUCAUUGGCUAAAGUAUUUUGCUAAUCCGCUGAAUUAUUAAAUAGCACUCUAUUUCAAUCCCGAUAUAUUUCCGUAAAAGAAAGAAUACGACACAUAAUCAUAUUGCACAUUCUACGUAUUGUCGAAAAAAGAAAAUUAUAUUGAAUAAUCGUGAUAGAGGUCCAGAAUCGUUUAGAAAAUAUCGGCAGUACUCUACCAGGUUUUAACACAGGAUUUCGUUAGAUAUACAUAUGUCCGUAUAGUACAUUAACAAUGUUACUACAUACAUACCACUGAUAUUACUUAUAUUGAGAGAUUAUCAAGAUAAGUAUCAAUUGUUACGAGACCGUAAAUGAAAUGUAAAUAGUCUAGUUAUCAUACAGUAUUAAAAAGUAAUAAUUAGUAAUAGAAUCCCUAGUAGAUGGUACAUGCCUUAUAUUAGAAAAAUAAAAUAUCUUGUUUCCCUCUA